CGGGCUUCUACUUCCGCUGCUCUUAGCACUGCUCCCGUUUCUACCUGCCUCCAAUCUCCUGGUGUCUGUCGGAUUCGUGGUCGCCGAGCGCGUGCUCUACAUCCCCAGCAUCGGCGUCUGCCUGCUGGUGGGGGAAGGGCUGUCUCGGAUCCAGCGGAGGUUCAGCGGCGCCGUGGCCAGCGCUGCCCCGGCACUCACCUGCGUUCUGGUAUCGCUUCUCGCCGUCAAGACGCUCGACCGAAACUCCGUCUGGGCGUCCAGGGAGGCCCUCUUCGAGUCCGGCAUCCGGGACCUUCCGGAGAACGCCAAGAUGCACUACAACUACGCCAACCUUCAAAAGGACUUGGGCAACGCGCCGCUGGCCAUCAAGCACUACAGACUUGCCAUCAGGCUGUGGCCGGACCACGCGAGCGCCCACAACAACCUCGGAGCCGUGCUAAGUUCCAGCCGGGAAGCGGAACGCCACUUCCGGCACGCGCUUCGCAUCAACCCCAACCAUCCCGGGGCCCACUUCAACCUGGCCAACCUCUUCAGCAAGCGAGGCAAUCAGCAGCUGGCCCGUACCCUCCUCGAGCGGGCCGUGGAGCUCGAGCCCGACUUUUGCGAGGCGUACUCGUCACUGGCCGCCCUGGCGGCCGAUCAGGGAAGCCUCGCCAGGGCGGAGUCACUCCACCGGAUGGCGCUGCGAAGCGACCCCAGAAACGCCGAUGCGCGGAACAACUACGGCACCUUCCUUCAGACACAAGGUCGGGUGGAAGAGGCCGUGCGUCAGUACCAGCGGGCGCUCGAACUCCAACCCAACCACACGGUGGCGCUGCUCAACGCCGCCAGGAGUCUACGCAGCAUGAAGCUCAAUCGCGAAGCCGAAAGCCUCUACAAAAGGGCGUUGGCGGUUCAGCAGGACCCGCAGGUGAUGGACAACCUGGCCGUGUUCUACAUCAACGCUGGGCGCGCCGAUCAGGCGAGGGAAAUCUACGAGCAGGUGCACCUACUCUUUCCGGACCACCUCGACAGCAAGGUCCACUACGCGCAGCUGAUGAUGCGGCAAAGGAGUUUCCGGACCGCCGAAGACCUACUUCUGGAGGCCGUGCACAGGAACGGAUCGCACAGGGAGGCGUUGCACCAGACGGCGCUGCUUUACAACCAUACCAACCGGACGGCUGAGGCGCUGGAUUUCAUUCUCAGAGCGCUCCGUCUGUGCGCUGUCGAUGAUCGGUCGUGCGCUAGGCUCCACGCCGAGCACGGUGACAUUCUCAAGGACCUGGAUGACCUCAGUUCUUCUGCAGAGAGCUACCUGAUAGCUAUCAGGUUGGACCCGGAGCUGGCUCAUGCCCACCUUAACCUCGCAGUCAUCAGGCAUCUUCAGGGCGACUACACGGGGGCUUUCCGCCACUACCAGACCGCUUUCACGCUCGACCCCAAGAACCAGCUGAUCGUGGAUAACAUGGCCAAGCUUCGCCGGCGCCUCACCAGACCCCCGUCCAAGAAGAACGCGUCGGCCAAGACUUCGAGCGCCGACGCCGCCUUCUACGUCCGGUAGCGGCGCCGGACUCACUCCCCGACGGACUUUCCCCUCUCAACCCCGAUGGCCAGCGGCUGCCCCAGUACCGACGUUGUUCGUCAACUUCACGCACGGGACACGUCCCUCGAGGAGUGGCCACCGCGCCACCAGCUAUGCAACCGUGUGCCUGUCCGACAGACUCGCCCGUCGCGCGUGUGUGUGCGUGCGUGUGUAUGUGCGUGCGUGUGUGUGCGUAUGUGAGUGUAACGCUGUCGUGAGACCCGACACCCGAACCACGAUUCACCUUUUCUUUUUUCUUUUUUUUUAAUGACAAAGAAAAAGAGCGUGGGUUUAUGAAGACCCCUUCUAGCGUUCCGUACACACACAUUCUAGAGCUGCCUUCGUUGUCGUAAUGUUCUUGCUUUGUUGAUGUCUUUUUUUUUUCUUUUUUUAGCAAAGGGAGUGUCAGAUGCGCUCUAGUCAUUCCUAUUCUCGCAGUGGUGGAGCGGUACAACAGUGGAACGGGAUCCCUGCACUAUGGCGCCUCGAAUACGCCUCUCCGACUGGUGGGUUUACCGCGUCCUUGUGUGCGGUUUUCUCGACUUCUGCCCGAUGACGUCAUAGAAUUGACACGCCGUUACCUGUCGUGAUACCGGAAGUGGUACACCAAACGGAGGUAGACGCCGUAGACGCUCGUUUUGCUGCUGGUCGCUUUCCAGCUUGACGGGCCCAUGAAACUUUCAGCAGCCAGGAUGUCGGGACGGGACGCAAAGGGACGCUAAACUACCAGUCGGGGGCGGGGCCUUCCGGCCGCCAUGCCCGGGCCAAUCAGCGAUCGUGCAUUCGCACCACGUGACCCACCUGGUUUCCGGAGUUUGGUGACGAGGUCGGGAGGCUAGCUGCUGAUUGGCCCGGGCCGGUGCGUAGCCUCCUGUCAGCUGGUGGGUGUUGACAGUGUAAGAUUGCGUUUCGCCGCACAAAUUCUGUCGCAGGGUGAAAACAAACACCGCAACGGGCGAACAAUUGUUGCCGACGUGCAACCUCGCUCUUGCAACCCCACAAACUUUGUCCGGGACUGUAACGACGCGUUCGCGAGUUCAGUGGCCGGAUCUGUCCGUGUUUGUGUCCGGCGGGUUCCUCGAGUUGUUGAGGGGUUCCAAGGUUUUUGUUUUUGUCCCGGUCGUGUGGGAAGAAGGCGUGGAACCGAUGAAACGGUCCCGAUUGCCGAAUUAAACGACAGACAACGCUCAUUCAGAUAUGCACUGAGGUUGAACUGCGACUGUAGACAACAAAGAAGACAUCGUCGUAGUCUACGUUACAUGUUCGUGUGCUCAACCGCGCUAGAGUUUGCAACAAAAAAAAAUGUGACAAGACGUUCCGCGGUGUUGGAGCAAAGAAGAAUUUUCCAAGUUUCGCGGCAGAAAUCAACUCGGCUGUGAGAAUAAAAAAAAAAUCUUUAGAAAAAAAUAAAUAAACGAAACGUGGUUCACAACGUGUAUCGGAUUUGGUAAGGAUGCAUUUUUCGUUCCUCCUCUAGCUGUCUUUGAUUUAACCGCGUUCAAACUAGAAUUCACUAGUGAUGGAAGCAUACC